GUUAUCCUCGGCACCACCAGCGACAAUGGAGGCGCUUUUCUUCAACGUCUCCGCUGGUUUCCUGGAAGGCAUCGUCAGGGGCUACAAGGCGGGCAUCCUUACUCAGGGACACUACGCAAACCUUACACAAUGUGAGACUCUUGAAGACUUCAGGAUGCAACUGUCUUCCACUGACUACGGAAAUUUCCUUGCAAAUGAACCUCUCCCCAUUUCGACCUCAACCAUCAACGACAAGGCAACUCAAGUCCUCGUCGACCAAUUCAAUUUCCUUCGGAACAAUGCUGUCGAGCCGCUUAGCACCUUCCUGGACUAUAUUACUUACGGAUACAUGAUUGACAAUGUCGUGUUACUCAUUACUGGUACACUGCACGAACGGGACACGCAUGAGCUUCUUGAGCGGUGUCAUCCGUUGGGCGUCUUUGACACUAUGCCUGCACUCUGCGUUGCAACGAAUGUCGAAGAAUUGUAUCAGAGCGUGCUUGUAGAGACCCCUCUUGCACCCUAUUUCAGAGGCUGUUUGUCCGCCGCUGACCUCGACGAUCUCAACAUUGAAAUCAUCCGCAACACACUCUACAAAGCAUACCUAGAAGAUUUCCACCGCUUCUGUACAGAGAAAAUCGGUGGUCCAACCGCCGAGGUGAUGCACCGCAUCCUUGAAUUCGAAGCCGACCGUCGCACGCUCAGCGUCACGAUCAACUCAUUCAAUACCGAGCUGUCCAAAGAACAGCGUGCACGGCUCUUCCCUGCAAUAGGCCGCCUCUUCCCCGAAGGUAACAACUCACUCGCACGUGCAGACGACCUCGAGCAAGUCCGCCAAGUAUGCGACAACGUAGCCGAAUACCGCCAAUUUUUCGAGGCUGCGUCGGGUAGCUCCGGUGGCGGCGGAGAAGACAGUGUAGCUGCACAACUCGAAGAUCGGUUCAUCGCUUAUGAAGUACACCUGAACAAGCAAGCGUUCCUUCAACAAUUCCAAUAUGGUGUUUUCUACAGCUAUCUAAAGUUGAAGGAGCACGAGAUCAGGAGUAUUACGUGGAUUGCGGAGUGUAUUGCUCAGGACGCUCGGGACCGUAUACAGGACUUUAUUCCAAUCUUCUAAUAGCAUCGCAUUGUUUUGUAUUUAUGUUUCUCCUAUGAUAUUCAUUCUAAGUAUAACUACAUGUCCG